CGCAAGUAUAACUUCGAUUCUAGACAAUAAUCUCCCCGCAUACAACCUUUCCGACGACAACGAAACGAAACGAACGAACGAAAUACUGUGACGAUUUCAUUCCAGGACUGCUCUAGUGUGGCAUCGUAGUCAUGAAUCGACCAGGAGCCGUGCCGCAAUCCCUUCGAGGGAUGCCGACUGGAUUUGGUGGUCAACAACAACCUCAACAACCAGGUAGAACAGUGUCCGGCCGAUUACCAAAUGGUAAAUUAGCGAAUAAUGGUGGUGGAUGGGCGUUUGGUGGUCCUAUGGGUGGUGCUGCGCUUCAGACAUCGUCAAGGCAACUAGGCGGAAACCUCAGUUUUGCCCAAAGCUUGAGUGGCUCUCAGCCGGCAACACCCCUCGACCUCUCCAGCGAAUUCCCGUCAUUAUCAAACACGUCCCAGCUUCCCAGUGCUGGCGGAUCCUCGUUAUGGUCGGCAGGAGGAUCAAGAGGUAUGGGUGGGGCGAUACAAAGAAAUCAACAGCCCACUCCAUUAUCUGCUCAACACGCACAGCAAGACGACUUCUUCUCCCCUUCACGCAUGACUUCUGGUCAAGGUCAAUACCGAUUCGGCCAGAACAGUGCUGCUGCUCAGUCAUCUCAACCCCAGCCUAGUAGUAUUGAUGAGUUUCCUCCGUUGAAUAACAACAACAUGAGAAACGGCAAUGGGGACAUAGGACAGGAGCGUGGAUCGAGUUUGAUGUCGACUCUUGGCUUUGGUGCCCAAGCAAGCACAGUUCCUGGUUCCUUGCCAGGCCCCCGAUCAGGAAACGGCUUACUCAAUGCGUUGUCGGCUAACACUCGAACAACGGAUGUUCGUUCCCCAGAUGGAUCUACGGCUAUAGGUGCUUCGCGGCCACAAGAUAUCAGAAGUGCUGGCACUGGAGCCAAUGAUGAAGGUCGACAAAAACCUCCUGGUUUUCGAGAAGAUAGCAUAGGCCCACAGUCAGGUACACAAGACGCGACGGAAUCGGUGGACGGCCGCAAUCCCCUUGGAGCGAUUGGCACUAGCGAUGCUCCCUCAGGCAAGAACAACGACGAGAAGGCGAACCAGCCCGCAUCCGUGCAUGACCCCUUAGCAGGCAUGACACCAAUCGACAAGUGGGGAAUCAAAGGUCUUCGCGCGUUAAUGAAUAACUAUCCCGACUACAAUGCCGCAGUUACGGGGCUCGAUCCAACUACGCUUGGUAUAGACUUCACGUCUCCUCAGCCGCUGUCAACUCAGGUAUUCUCACUCUUCAACGAUACCCCUCCUCGGCCAGCAAUUCCCGAGUACCGUCUCCCGGAAUGUUAUAACGUGAAUAACGUUCAGCCUUUGGAGAACAAGAUCAGCAACUUCAAUGAGGAGACGUUGAUGUGGAUAUUCUACAGCUGCCCUGGAGAUAUAAAGCAACAUAUGGCUGCGCAUGAGCUGUACAACCGAGCGUGGCGGUGGCACAAGAAGCUGAAGAUAUGGUUGACCAAGGACGAGAUCAUGCAGCCUCGUAUUCUCAGCGCGCAACAUGAAGAAGGUUAUUACAUCAUCUGGAAUACGACAGAUUGGCGUAAGGAGCGUCGAACCCUUACGUUACAUUACGCCGAUCUGGAGACGAAUAACUCAGCUCUCCCGUAAAGAUGUGUUAUUGUCUUUGUGGCAUUGAGCGGUACGUAGGACUCGGUGAGUCUGCGUAUCAGCCGGCGUUGGGUUUACGGAUUGCACAACCUAGGGGAACAAGGCUAAUUGCGGCAACUUGAUGGCUUUCAAGCUCGGUAUUGCUUAGGGGCGUAGCAAAUGCCCAACCUGGCACACAGGUCUCUGCACGAGGGCUUCAAUGCACCUCAAUUCAUGAAUACAGGAUUUUUAAAUCCCUCGCAUUUCGAUUUCCGACUUCUCUAGACAUUGCCGGUCUCGGCUGUCCUUAUGCUAAUCCGAUAAUGACUGCGUUCGUGAUAAUUCAUUAGAUUCAGCUGGCAUGACCUAAUUGACGCAUCUGCUUUCAUUUCUCUGAAACAAGCCACCUUCAUGUAACCAACCUUUAUACUUGCGCUUUCACAAAAGUUCUCAAACUGAUUUAAGGGAAAACGGUAGAUACCCGCGACAGUUCUGUCUAAAAAAAAAUUCCCUUUAAGAUCUGAGAUAGUCUAAAUACGA